AAUGCAAUCAACGAACAAGAUAUAUUCUAUCAAAAUUUGGUUGAAGCAAAUCAAUUGACAGAACAAUUGAAUGUUAUUUUGCAAGCGGCUUCUCAAAACACUAUCCAGGAUAUCAGAUCUGCAAAAUCUGCAAUUUAUAAGUUCAAAGAACUCUUGUCUGAAACUUCGUCAACAUCAUCAAUGUUGGAAGUUGAUUCGAAAAAUAAUAACAGCAUUAACAGCAUUUCAAAUACAAUCAGGAGAUCAUUUUCUAACGUAGGCUUUGAUAAAUCAAAAAACAAUCAUAAUGAUAACAACAACGACAACAACGAUAAACCAUCUUUAAAUACCAAUUCUACAUCAAAUACUCUUAAAUUGUCUAAAAAAAAAUCUGGCACAUUAUCACCUUCUAGGAUAAAAUCUAAACAAAGACCUAAAUCAGAACUUUCAAUUAAAAAUAAUAAAAAAACCUCUCAACCAGAUGCACGUAUUGAUGAUACUUUAAACACUAGUUUGGCUGGUGAUCUAAUCUCAUAUUCUAAAUCUACACCAUGUGAAGAAGACAAUAAGGAUUUCUCUGAAAUACAACCACCCUCAGAGUCACCUUCAACUCUACCAUCAAUCGCAAUCACAGAUCAUCAUCAUCAUCCUUCAGUUUCAUCACAGUCUUCCCUUAGUUCCCCAUCUACGACGAGUUCAACCACCAGCUCAUCAUCAUCAUCAUUACAAUCUCCGUCCACAUCAAAUGAUGCUAAUGAAUGUAUUACUACUUUUUUAGCUGCACCACGCUUAACACAGCGUGUUAGAUUAAAAUCAGGAAGAGUUGUUAGUUUUUCCGAAGUUGGUGAUAGGAAUGGGUUCCCGGUGUUUGUUUUUCUUGGGAUGGGGUGUGUAAGAUAUUUUAUUGCGUUUUUUGAUGACUUGGCAUCUAGCUAUGGAUUGAGACUAUUAUGUCCUGAUCGACCCGGAGUUGGACUUUCAGAUGAUGUUAAAGAAGAUCAACAACACAUAUUAAAAUGGCCAGAUAUUAUCAAAGAACUUUGUGAGAUUCUUAGUAUUGAUAAAUUUUUUAUAAUGGCACACAGUGCAGGAGCACCAUAUGCACUUGCAUGUGCUGUUAAAAUACCAGAAAAGCUUCAAGGAACUAUUUAUCUUGUUUGUCCAUGGAUCAGUACAACAGUAACGAAUAAUUUCAAGUGGCUUAAAUAUGUACCCACACCUAUAAUGAAAUUUACACAUACAGCAGGCAUUUCCCUACAACAAAUACUUAAUGGUAAACAACCAUACUCAACAAAACCAUCACACCAAAGGAAUUCAGGAGCUUCGGCAUUACCAACUUCAAGCCUUGAGAACAAACAAAAAUUAGGAAUGGCGAUAUUGAAAGCAUCGUUUGCAGAAAAUUUAUCAGGAGCAAAUAAUGAUUUGAUGAUGUGUUUCGAGAGGCGACAUUCGUUUGGAUUCUCAUAUACAGAUAUUGAUCAUCCUGUACAUGUAUUUCAUGGUACAAAAGACGACCGUAUUCCUGUAGCAGCAGUAAAAUGGAUGGAAAAUAAUAUGCCCGAUUGUAAGUUAACAUUGAUAGAAGGCGGAAAGCAUUCGUUGCUUUUACGUGCUGAAAUAGUUGAUACAAUAUUUAAAACUAUUGCCAUACAAUUACACGAUAAGGAUAAAUGUAAGGCGUGUAAACUUUCAUCAGGGUGUUGGUUGAUGAAGUAA